AUGAGCAAUGACGCGCCGACGCUUGGAGAGAUCACCCAACUAACCCGUCAAGAACUUACUACGAGGCAGAAGACCGACCCUAUUCGCGAAUGCGGACGCGCCGCGCUGUCGCUCCUUCCCAACGAUUUCGAGCUCGGCCUCAAGCUUGCGUAUCAGAAACUACACGAUGUGCCGUAUAGGGAGGUGAAGACGUGUUGGCGCAGGCUGUAUACGGAUACGAGCUUGUGGAAGGUGUUGAAGCUAGUAGGCGACAGGCAUGAUGAGCAGUUGCGCGCCGACCUGUCCAAUAGCGGGAACGACGAAGUGGAAGUCGAUACAAAGAGCGACUGGGUCGAUGAAGUGGUGCGGAUACUGGAUAUGACGCUCAUACUGACAGGCGCACCUGAGAGGGAGGAGCUCGUAGAGCUUUGGUUUGCAGCGCUGAAGGCUGUUCUAACUCCUCCAGGAUCUCAUCUUGAUUUCGACGCUCCAGAACGGCCGCCAAGCUUCGCAACAGUGCUUCCCGAUCCUCCACCCACCCUUCGACACGCGAUCCCACGAACGAAAGAGCUCAGUCUGGAGGCUUUCCAGGAGAGACUCGGCGAUGCAAAUACACAUACCCCACUCAUCAUCGAGGGUGCGAUACAACAUUGGCCCGCUCUUGAUGAGCGGCCGUGGAACGAUCCAGCAUAUCUGCUUGAGCAGACGCUUGGUGGUAGACGGCUCAUACCGGUAGAAGUUGGGAAGAGCUAUACCGAUGAAGGUUGGGGCCAGCGCAUAACCACCUUCCGUGACUUCAUGGAGACGUAUAUGCUCGAAGUUCAUAGAGGGGCUGUCCCAACUGCAGCGCACACAGACACGACGCUGAGUCCUGAACUCGACAAGGCAGACAGCAGCACGAAACCCACACCUACCGGCUAUCUAGCCCAACACGACCUCUUCGCCCAGAUCCCCUCCCUACGCGCCGACAUCAGCAUACCCGAUUACUGCUACUGCGAGCCCGCUCCAUCCCCUCACCUCACACACAUCAAACCCGUCGCGAAGCUCGAAGAACCUCUUCUGAAUGCUUGGUUUGGCCCCGCAGGCACCAUAUCACCCCUCCACACCGAUCCCUACCAUAAUAUCCUCGCACAAGUUGUAGGAUACAAAUACGUGCGUCUCUACGCACCUGCGGAGACGCAGCGUCUGCAUCCGAGGAUGUAA